AUGAAGGCCUUCGCAUCUGCUACGUUUUUAUCGCUCCUCGCGGGCACUCAGGCAACCUCCGGGUACUGGGGCUCCGAACAAUGCUAUUCUAGCCCAGGAAGAUCCUCCAACCAGUGUAACGACUACCAGAAGUCCGGCUUUGACUGGUCAAGCCUGUCCACUGGCUCGUUCUCUUCGUAUGGUGGUUUCGACUUCUCCGGUUUCAGCUGCUCCAACAGUUUCGGAUCCGGACUCUCCAAGCGCAAUGAGAAAUGCAUCGUCGGUACCGCCUCUCGUGGCGGAAGCUCUUCGGGAAGUUCGUCUUCCUCCGGCAGCUCCUCUUCCUCUCGAGGGUCUUCGUCCUCGGGCAGCUCAAGCAGCAGUGGCUCUUCUUCCCCGUCCUUCUCGUGCGGCUCUUCCGAGAAUGAUUUCUCAGUCACCCACUUCCACAUCUCCACCUCUAAGGAUACGGACAUGAACAUCAUCUACAACAUGCCGGAUGGUUCCCAGUGUCACAAUACCGCCUCCUGCACUUCCGGCGGCACAACCGUCACCAAUGACCAGUGUGGUGGUGCUACCUCGGUCUCCUUCGAGCUGCCCGAGGACAGCGAGCACGAGAGCUGCGAUUUUGGUAUCUACAGCAUUGGCUUCGACUGCACUCCCGGCACCACCUCGGCCUUGCCCUCGGGGCCCUCCAGCACUGCCGGCGUGAGCUCCUCGGUGCCUACCGUGCCGGCCAUCUCUAGCCCUACCGGCUCCAGCCCAGUUGGUUCCACUGUGCCUGUGGUGUCCAGCCCGUCAGUGCCCAGCAUCACGCCGGGUGCUGGCUCUUCUACGGCCGUCAGUGUCCCGCCCAAGAUGACUACCUCGACCGUUCUGAUCACCAGCGAGAUCACCAUCACCAGCUGUGCCCCGACUGUCACGAACUGCCCCGCAGAUUCCACUGUGGUGACCUCGACCGUUUACGCCUCGACUACCGUAUGCCCUGUGACCGAGACUUCUCCCGCUGGAUCAACUCCCACUGGAUCUAGCCCGGUGGAGACUUCUCCUGCUGGCUCGUCUCCUGCUGGCUCUACUCCUGCUGGCUCUACUCCUGCUGGCUCUACUCCUGCUGGCUCUACUCCUGCUGGCUCUACUCCUGCUGGAUCGACUCCUGGCAGUUCUAGCCCUAGCGGUAGCUUGCCUGCAACUUCUCCGGCUCCCUCUGGCUCGUCUCCUGUCACCACCCCCUCGGCACCUGCUGGUGGCGCCUCAUCUGUUCCUCCGGAGUCGACUGUGACCAUCGUGACCUACACGACUACCACCGAGUGCCCUGUUACUAGCACUAUCAGCUCUGGCGGCUCUUCCUCUGUGAUCACCACCAACACCAUCUCGACUGUGAUUGUGACCUCGACCUCGACCAUCUGCACUCGAUGCACUGCUGGCUUCACCACCGUUCCCAGCGUGACUGGCACUGCCCCUGGUGGCACUGAAUCUAGCCCGGCUCCUACUGUCUCUGCUCCAACCACCUCGAUUCCUACUGGUGCUAGCGCUGGUUCUACCCCCUCGGUUCCGGAGGACUCCACCACCUUCGUUACUACAUACGAGACUGUCACUACUUGCCCAGUGACCAACACCGUGACCACCGGUGGCUCGACCAUUGUUGUCCCUACCAGCACCUUGUCCACCAUCACGGUCACCGAGACGUCUACUGUUUGCACCAAAUGUAGUGCUGGUGCUACUGGUACUUCUGCUUUGCCAACUGGCGCUGGCGCUGGCUCUGUCACCACUUCGGCAGGCUCUGGCUCGACUGGCUCUUCGUCCGUGCCGAGCUCCAUUCCCUCGUCUUCUUGCCCUAACACUGUGCCCCAGUGCAUCAACACUUGGCUCUCUCUGGUUCCCAAGUGCACCUCCAACAGUGAUGCCAAGUGCUUCUGCCCCAACGAGAAGUUUACCGAGAAGGUCAUCUCUUGCAUUCAGGCAUGGGGCUCGUCCAAGAGCGAGAUCCAAGCCGGUCUCUCCUACUUCACCGGUAUUUGUGCUGCUUGGGUUGAUGAGAACCCCGGCAUUGUGACUGGUAUCCCCUCGACUAUCACCCUGGCCCCGACUGUCUCAUCAUCCGUUCCUACCGGCGCCAGUGCCAACGGUGUGACUUCUACUCCCGCGGAAAUCACCUCUGCCCCCGCGCUUCCCUGCACCACGAUUACUUACUCGACCUACACUGUCACUGUGCCCCAGGUCACCUUCAUUACCACCACUGCCAUUGGCUCUUCCCCGACUGUUGGCCUUGUCCCUGCGGCUCCCAGUGGUGCCUCGCCUGUCAACACAGGCAACAGCCCCGUCUCUGUGGGUGCGUCGUCGACCAUCGCCACUAGCGUGGCAUACACUCCUCACGCCACUGCAGGUGCCUCCGCCAGCUCCUUGCCGGUCUUCAACUCGGCCUCGACUGUGUCGAUCGCCUCCAGCCUUUUGUUGGGCUCUGUGGUCGCUCUCUUCAGCUUGAUGCUGUAG